UCUUUUCAGAGACUGCCAAAACCUAAAUAAGAAAGUAUCGGACGUGAAUGGGUCACGUAUGGCCGAUACUCGAUCCAUCAAAUAGAUCUGGAUCUGCACCGAUACCUCUACAUCUCUAGGUUAAAUUAUUUCUGCAUGUCCAGGUUGUCACUGAGAACCUCAUUGUACUGUAGCUGCCCCAGUCGCUCAGCAAUCUACAGGUGUGCCACGUCACGGCCAUCACAGAGGGCACUGUCACCGCACACCUCUGUGGUAGAAGACUUUAACCGCAAGAAGCACAGUAAGGACUUGCUAUUCAUGGAAACCCCACCCCACAGCUUCCCCAACGCCAGAUUCAAGAUCUGUCAGAGGCUUGUUGACAUGCCGAGGAACGCCACUCAAUACGACCCCAAGAAUCGCAUCUCCAUCUACUCUGCCUACACAUUUAAGAAGACUGAGGAAAACUGGAAGGUCGAUUACCCCUGGAUGUAUGAACCGCAGUUGACUCUUUCUCUCUCUCUCUCUCUCUCUCCUCUCAACAUGCAGCCAUUCCCACAGUGCCACUUACACAUGAAAUUCGAAGAUAGUCAGGCUGUCCUGGAGCACUAUGCCAACACAGUCCUGUAUGAGCGAGGCCACCUGAACCCAGACCAGCACCAGUCAGACCCUCACAAACAGGUCGCCACCUACACCCUGACCAACGUCAAGCCAUGGCAUGAGCAUAAGGACUGA